CCCUUUCUUCAUCACUUUUUCAUCGGUUCUUCAUCAAUUCUUCAUCACCCCUCGAUCAGAAACCCGAUUUUUCGUUACAAAUUGAAGCGGAUCGAUGAAAUGAUGCUUGUUUUUCAGUUUUCUUGCAGACCCAUUUGCUGAUUUCUCUACAAAAUGCCCUCUAGACCCUUUGCUUCCAGUCCCGCCGCCGCCGUCGCCGGAGAAUCGCCGCCGGGUUUCUUCUCGAGAACGAAGGUCUUGUUCUUGGCUCUCACCAUCUCUGCCUCCGUCGUCAUUUUCUUCUCUGUUCUCUAUUUCCUCUACCAUCUCUGGCAUUCCUUUGAGAACAGAGCCAAAACCAUUCCCUUCGAUUCCAGCGCUCCUCUUAAGCUUCAGCGAUUCUCUUACAGAGAGCUCAAAAGGGCCACAAACCAUUUCGAUUCCGCUAACAUAAUCGGAAAAGGCGGCUCCGGAACUGUCUUUAAAGGGGUUUUGAGAGAUGGGAAAUUGAUAGCUAUUAAGCGAUUGGACUCUGUUUCUCUUGAAACAGAGAGGGAGUUUCAGAAUGAGCUGCAGAUUCUUGGUGGGUUAAGAUCCCCUUUCUUGGUGACCCUUUUGGGAUACUGCGUUGAAAAGAACAAACGUGUGCUUGUUUAUGAGUAUAUGCCUAAUAGAAGCCUCCAGGAGUCGCUUUUCUCAGAUGGGUUAAGUGGGUUAUGCUGGGAAACAAGAUUCGACAUCGUUUUAGACAUUACUAGAGCUUUGGAAUUUCUCCAUCUUGGCUGUGAUCCACCGGUGAUUCAUGGGGAUAUCAAGCCCAGCAAUGUGCUUCUUGAUAUGGAGCAACGAGCCAAGAUUUCAGACUUUGGGUUGUCAAGAAUCAAAGUUGAAGGAGAAUUUGGCGUUGAUUUGUUCAGUCAAGAACUGGGUCGGAGCCAAGAGCUGUGGAAGAGCCAAGAUUAUACUGAAACUCCGGCCAUUGGUACUCCGGUGGAGAGCAGCAACACGGAGGUAGAUUUUGCUCUUGCUUUGCAGGCUUCUUCUUCUUCCAAGAACAGUAGAACAUCUUAUAAUGUUAAGGGAUUGAAUGUGAAUUCUUUGAGUUAUAAUGCCAAUAUUUCAAGUGAGGGAGAUGGGAAAGGGAAGGAGGUAUCAAGUUUAGAUGUUAAUGGUGAUGAUUGGAGUCAUCGUUUUGUGCCUUAUGAUUCUGCUGCUGCUGCUGCUGCUCCUGAUGAUGGAGGGAAUGGUAAACAAUGGGGGAAGGACUGGUGGUGGCGACAGGACGGGAGCGGCGAGCUCUGUAGCAAAGAUUAUGUUAUGGAGUGGAUAGGGAGCCAGAUUUAUCCAGCAGCUAACCCAAAUUGGGAUGAAGAAGCUAAGAAUGUUCCUGAGAAAGCUAGCAGCAAUUGUUCUGUUCCAUUGGAGAAUAUGGAUGAUGGUUCGAAGAUAGGUGCAUUCGGGUUCGAAAAUGGUUCAACUGAGAUGGAGCGUAACGAAUCGAAAGCUAGGAACAACAAGAAGAAGAAGCAAAAGAAGAUGCAGGAAUGGUGGAAGGAAGAGAACUUUGCUGAGAUUAGCAGGAAAAGCAACAAGGGGAAAAGACUAGACAGCAAAUGGAACAAAAGCCUACAACUACCACAUUUGGGUUUGGGGAAACGGUUUUACUUCCUUCAACGAAAGCGGUCGAGACGACAAGACCCAAACCAGUCCGAUCUCGACGGGGAGUUUAGCUUCAGACGGGGUUGGAAGAAGAAGAAGAACGCUCGAUCUAUCGGCAGUGACAUGUGCAGUGGGGAGCUAUUCAGCAGAGAACUCAGCAGCACAACCAGCAUGAGAGGGACACUAUGUUAUGUAGCACCAGAAUAUGGAGGUUGUGGAUUCCUGAUGGAGAAAGCUGAUAUAUACAGUUUAGGAGUCCUAAUACUCGUGAUCGUCUCAGGAAGACGACCGUUGCAUGUUCUAGCAUCGCCGAUGAAGCUCGAGAAGGCGAACCUUAUAAGUUGGUGUCGGCAUUUGGCGCAGUCGGGGAACGUGUUGGAGCUGGUGGACGAGAGGUUGAAAGAUGAGUAUAACAAGGAGCAAGCAAGCUUGUGCAUAAACUUGGCUCUGAUAUGUUUGCAAAAGAUGCCAGAAAUGAGGCCAGAGAUAGGGGAAAUUGUGAAGAUUUUGAAGGGAGAAAUGGAGCUUCCACAAAUCCCAUUUGAGUUUUCUCCUUCACCACCUUCAAAAUGGUUCAGCAGGUCAAGGAGGAAACAGAAAAUCAGUGCAGAAUAGGGGUUUUUAGCUCUUUGUUUUGUUGUUUCCCCCCAUUGAAAUGAUCAGUUUCUUCACUAAUGGAAAUAUGCUGUUAAAUUAGUGUUGAGAA